AUGAGGGGUCUUCCUAUCUUCCAAGGCGAAGGCCGAUAUCAGAAUGCAGAACGGAAGACCGUGUGCUCGGGGGUACGACGUUGGUUCUGCAUACCGCCAACACCAGAGCCAACACCACAAUAUCGAGAUGAAAAGGAAAAGAAAUAUCAUCAUACUCCUACCCACGCUGGAUCAUCCUUCGCGAAAACGGCAACGACUCCAGCAAUGAUUCUCGCGAUAGAAGAGCAAGCAAAACUCAAGGAGGAAGCGCAAACGGCUGAGGAGAAACCACCUACCGCGACGCAAAUACCUCCAAGUGACAGUAUAAUCUGA